CUCCUGGCAUGCCCUAUCGCGGGAAGGAGAGGGGCCUCUUGCAAUGGAGCUUAUGAGAGUGGGGGUGGGGAGAAGAGAUUCAGAGCGCAUUCCAGAGACGAAAUCCUCGAUUGUGUCCCUUCUCACGUGGUUUCCAGGCCCUUUCUCAUGUUUGUGUCUACUGAUUGCUUCCCACUUUGCUUAUAGCUCUCCAAAUAUGGAGCUAGACCACUUCAUACAGUGCCAGCUCACAUCAGAACGGAAUCAUCCUUUUGCUCCUAUGAGAACGUAAAUGUCUAUAGAAGCUCUACAAAGGAUCAUUUCAACUCUGGCAAAUAAAAAUGAUGAAAUUCAGAACUUUAUUGAUACACUAAAUCAAACACUAAAAGGAGUUCAGGAAAAUUCUUCUAACAUACUUUCAGAGUUAGAUGAAGAAUUUGAUAGUUUAUAUUCUAUUUUGGAUGAGGUGAAAGAAAGUAUGAUUAACAGUAUCAAGCAGGAACAAGCUCGUAAAUCACAAGAGUUACAGAGUCAGCUCAGUCAAUGUAAUAAUGCCUUGGAGAACUCAGAAGAACUACUAGAAUUUGCAACACGGUCAUUAGAUCUAAAGGAACCUGAAGAAUUUUCAAAGGCUGCCAGACAGAUCAAGGAUAGAGUAACAAUGGCUUCAGCCUUUCGCCUUUCUUUGAAACCAAAGGUCAGUGACAACAUGACUCAUUUAAUGGUGGAUUUUUCUCAGGAAAGACAGAUGCUGCAAACUUUGAAGUUUUUGCCAGUUCCUAAAGCUCCAGAGAUAGAUCCAGUAGAGUGUUUGGUGGCUGACAAUUCUGUAACAGUGGCUUGGAGAAUGCCAGAAGAAGAUAAUAAAAUUGACCAUUUUAUACUGGAAUAUCGGAAAACUAAUUUUGACGGACUUCCACGUGUAAAGGAUGAGCGAUGCUGGGAGAUAAUUGAUAAUAUUAAGGGUACUGAAUAUACACUAUCAGGCUUAAAGUUUGAUUCAAAGUAUAUGAAUUUCAGAGUUCGAGCUUGUAACAAAGCUGUAGCUGGAGAGUAUUCUGAUCCAGUGACUCUAGAGACCAAAGCACUAAACUUCAAUUUGGAUAGCUCAUCAUCCCAUUUGAACCUGAGAGUUGAAGAUACCUGUGUAGAGUGGGAUCCUACAGGAGGAAAAGGUCAAGAAAGUAAAAUGAAAGGAAAAGAGAAUAAGGGCAGUGUCCAUGUUACUUCACUGAAGAAACAUACAAGAAGUGGCACGCCGUCCCCCAAACGGACAUCCAUAGGCUCCAGGCCACCAGCAGGAAGAGGCAGCAGAGAUCGUUUUACUGGGGAAUCAUACACAGUGCUGGGAGACACUGCUAUUGAAAGUGGACAACAUUAUUGGGAGGUCAAGGCCCAGAAGGAUUGUAAAUCUUACAGUGUGGGAGUAGCAUACAAGACUUUGGGGAAAUUUGACCAAUUAGGAAAGACAAACACUAGUUGGUGUAUCCAUGUCAACAACUGGCUGCAAAACACAUUUGCAGCAAAGCAUAAUAAUAAAGUCAAAGCCUUGGAUGUUACUGUUCCUGAGAGAAUAGGUGUAUUUUGUGAUUUUGAUGGGGGUCAACUUUCUUUCUAUGAUGCAAGCUCAAAACAGUUGUUGUAUUCCUUUAAGACAAAAUUUACUCAGCCAGUACUACCUGGUUUCAUGGUUUGGUGUGGUGGACUUUCUUUGAAUACUGGGAUGCAGGUUCCAAGUGCUGUGAGAACGCUUCAGAAAAGUGAAAAUGGAAUGACGGGUUCAGCUAGCAGCCUAAACAAUAUUACUCAGUAAUGCUUACUCAGAAUAUGUUUCACCCCCUUUGGGUGGCCUUUUCUGUGCAGUUACUAAUCACAGAAAUUUACAAGUGGUGGAAAUCAGGUUUGCUACCUUUUGCUUUAAGGCCUGGGAUGUGUUAGCAUUAAGCAUCUAGUACCAAGUACUCACGGGAACCUACUGUGCAGUAGCAUCAAGCAAGCAGAUUCUGAGCAAGAAACUGAUGUUUCGAAGAGCAAAUGGGAAGAAAGGCAGUGUUUAAAUAGUUACAUAGAAACUCAUUUUUGUGUUUCUUGGAUUACUUUGGCUCUCCUAAAAUGUUUAGUUAGUAUGUAGUCCUAGGACCUGAGAGGAAAGCAUUUAAAUCUUGUCUUCUUUCCCCUGUACUUUCUCUUUAUCUCGUCACUACCUAUUAUUAGGUUCUUACACUGAAGCUUUAAAAAAAUAUAUAGUCUUUUAAGUUUGUCUAAAAAUUGAAAUCAUUGGUUGGGGAUGCUAGAAAUGUUUUCUUAAUUGUUGUCCUUUCGUAAAGAAGUUGAGUUUUGCUAAAUUAUCCUCUUUUGUUUUACUGACUAGAUUGUUUAUCAUUUUCUCUUUUCCAAAUAUUGUGACAUUUCUCUUAUUUGAGUUAAAACUCAAAAUAGAGUGGAUAGGAAGAGUUUAGCUUAAAAUCACCCAUACAUUAGUUGUCGUCGUUGUUGUUUUUAACCUGCUGCACUAACAGUGGCAAAGGGAUAUUCUUUAUAUGUUGCCUUGUUUAAUUAGACUUCUUUUCAUUCCAUCAUUUUGGAUGAUGGAUAAGAUUUUUUAAAGCUUUCUAUUUUCUGAUUUUGUUGUCACAUUUAGUACUACCUUUAAUAGUUGUCUUGGUAAAAUUCUCACUUGAAUUUGGUAGUAAUUGAUAAUUAUACUGAUUUUUAAUAUUUCUAGUAGGAAUGAAAUUUUAUUAAAGUUUAAAAAAAGGUAGAAAAACCUACAUCAUUUAAGUUUUAUCUAAGAAGAUAGGUUAUAAAGGGAGGUGCCUAAAACUACUGAGGUCAUUUAUGUCUGCUUUUUAAUAAGGUAUGGAAUGGUUUAAACAAGUGUUUUGAAAAAUGUCUACAUAUCUCUGACUUAUUUACCAUAUAAGUUUUUCAAACGUAACUAUUCAGAGGUUAUUUUUCACAUUUGCCUUCCAAAGGGGUAUAAUUCUUCCAAAAAUCAUCAUAGAAUAAUCCUUCCCAACCUUAGGGAAAAUAUGUUAAACCAUGAAUAAAACCCAUGGUUAUUGAGCAGAACAUACCUAUUUUUUAAAAGUUGGUUAAAAUUUUUAAUACAAGUUCUUUGAGCCAAACUGAAAGUUGCGAUUUCAGUAUUUAAGAAGUCCUUGAACGUUUUUGGUGGUCUCUGGAAUUUACUUUCUCAUGUUGACCUUUUUUCAUUCUUAUUUUAAGGGUAUUAUGCUCUGACAACCUUCUCCCAAGAAGGGACUAUUGCUGCUUACAUCUGAGCUGCCUUUUACAGAAAAACCUGUGAAAUAGGAAUAGCUCAUUCUCUCCUAAAGUUUACUGUUUACUGAUAUAGGGUGUUUUGUUUUUUGGUAAAACAGACCUAAAUGAGGAAUUUUGUUUGAAUUAGGUAUUAUUUUUCCAGAGGGCAUUUAUAUCUGCACCAUUGUCUCAUGACAUAUUGGUAGUUUUUAAAGACUAUAAGGCAGUUGAGAGAAUGAAGUAUGUCAAUAGAUAUCCUUUUGAUUCUCCAAACAACUAUAAUAUUGGGUUUUGUUCUUCCUAAAGAUUUUGAAAAAAAAUUUUUGGAUAUUCUGUUCCCUACAGUGGUGUUAUUCCAGGACCUAAGAAACAGGAAGUUACAAUUCUCUUUCAUAGAGUCAAAUCUGAAAGCAGUAAUUUAGUGGUGGAGCUGCUUUCUGUGAACAAUUACACAUGUAUAGUUUAGCAAAAUUGACAUAGAAAAAGCCAGAAGUUCUUGUAUAAAAUUUUUUACUAUUACGUCUUAUGUAAUUGUGUCUUCUCUUUAAUUCAGUGCCUUCUUCCUCUAAGUGUGCUCUUACUUCAUGCCCCCUGCAGCGUCAACUGAUAAUUUAAGCCAGAGACCAUUAUGUUAUACUGGUGAGGGCCUUCUAUUGCAGGUGUAUGGAGCAGAGGAUUAAUCGGGCUGGAGGAGUGCAUAUGCUUCUAUUCUGUGCUCAUGCCAUCAUUUGAAACCCUUCAUUUAAAUUUUCUAAUGUUCAUUUGGAAAAUUCAUUUGAAGUAAUAACAAGUAUUACUUCAAAAUAAAAAUCUGAGGUUUUCCUGUUACUAUGUAUGCUUCUUAAAUGUCUCUAUAAAAAACAAAAGUUUUAAGUUUAUAUGUGUUAAGUUAAACUGGAAAAGUCUGCCACCCUCCUUUUCAAACUAGAAAAUAAUCAACUGUAGUGCCUAUUUAAAUAGUAUCAAAUUAAGGUAACUCUUAACUUGACCAUAAUAUAUAACAUUCUCAUUGUCAUUUGAAUUAAAAACUAUUGAGCCUUUUUGCUCAAAUUUAAUGCAUUGUGGGAAGAUGGUAUACCCUUUCAGACUUUAUUAGUUUGUUUACUCUUUGUUUUGACAGGUCAAACAUGAUUGCUUUCUGUAAAAGAAAUGCAUGAGAGGUUGACGGUAAUAGAUGUAUUACAGGUAUAAAAAUUGUUUUAUAAAAAUGUGCAUUUGAUAUUGCAUUUCUCUUUUAGCAGUUGAAUCCCAAACCAGUUUUAGUAAACUGGGUUAAAGAAAUGAAGGAAUUGCCUUAAGCACUUUAGAAAAAAAAUUUUUUUACAAUUCAUUUUGACUCUUUGGGCUUACUCUGUCACCUAUGUGUUUAACUUUUGGUAAAUAUGUAUAUAUGAAGCAUUUAAUAACUGAGUGCACAUAGAAAUUUAAUAUACAGUGAUUCUUUGAAUGUCCCAGGUAUAGGUAAACAAAUUGAAAGUAUUAGAGGCGUGCCUGUCUGUACAUGGGUUUUAUUGAUGGCAUCUGUACCGUGUUGACAAACCGUUAACUGCCACUGUACAGCUAGACUUGGCCUACUUUGUUCUGCAAACAGUAACUUUUUCCUGUGUUACCAUUUAAAGAAACAUAUUGGCUUAGUUUUAUUUACUCACUUAUUAAAUUAAAGUAUGAACAGUGUCAUGUAUAAUUGGAA